AUGUUCGUCUUCAAGCGAGAUGGACGCAAAGAACGCGUGCAGUUCGACAAGAUCACGGCCCGCGUGUCCAGACUGUGCUAUGGCCUCGAUCCUGAGCACGUCGAUGCAGCAGCUAUCACACAGAAAGUGAUUUCGGGCGUCUACCAGGGCGUGACUACGUUUGAGCUCGACAAUCUGGCUGCAGAGACUGCUGCUUACAUGACGGUCACACAUCCCGACUAUGCCAUCCUAGCAGCCCGUAUUGCUGUUUCAAACCUCCACAAGCAGACCAAGAAACAAUUUUCCUCGGUGAUCUCGGAUCUCUACCACUAUAUCAACCCGAAGAACAACAAGCCCUCCCCGAUGAUCUCGGACGAGACCUAUGAGUGUGUCAUGAGACAUGCUGAUGAGUUGAACUCGGCUAUCGUGUACGAUCGAGACUUUAACUACCAAUAUUUUGGCUUCAAGACACUGGAGAGAUCAUAUCUACUGAAGAUUGGCAAUCAAGUUGCCGAACGACCACAGCACCUGCUCAUGCGUGUUGCUGUUGGCAUACAUGGAGACGAUGUUGAAAAGGCCAUCGAGACAUACAAUCUCAUGUCCCAGAAGUGCUUCACUCACGCCUCUCCAACACUCUUCAACGCAGGCACGCCUCAACCCCAACUCUCGUCAUGCUUCUUGAUUGACAUGAAAGAGGACAGUAUUGAUGGUAUUUACGACACUCUGAAGACUUGUGCGCUCAUCUCGAAGACUGCCGGCGGCAUUGGCCUCAACGCUCAUUGUAUCCGUGCCACCGGCUCAUACAUCGCUGGGACCAACGGCACUUCCAAUGGGCUCAUUCCCAUGCUCCGAGUCUUCAACAACACUGCCCGUUAUGUGGACCAAGGUGGCAACAAGCGCCCUGGCGCCUUUGCAAUCUAUCUAGAGCCAUGGCACGCUGAUGUGUUCGAGUGGUUGAACCUGAGAAAAAAUCAUGGCAAGGAAGAAGUUCGUGCACGUGACCUCUUCUAUGCUCUGUGGACUCCUGAUCUUUUCAUGCAACGCGUCGAAAAGAACCAGGACUGGACUCUGUUCUGUCCCCACGAGGCACCCGGCCUUGCUGACGUUUACGGCGAUGAGUUCGUGGCUCUCUUUGAAAAAUAUGAGAGGGAGGGGCGUGGUCGCCAAACCAUCAAAGCCCAGAAACUCUGGUAUGCUAUCCUCGAAGCUCAGACCGAGACCGGAACUCCUUUUAUGCUAUAUAAGGAUGCCUGCAACAACAAGAGCAACCAGAAGAACCUGGGUACGAUCCGGAACUCCAAUCUCUGCACCGAGAUUGUCGAAUAUUGUGCGCCAGAUGAGGUUGCUGUCUGCAAUCUUGCCUCUCUGGCCCUCCCUACUUUCGUCGAUCAAGCUCGUGGAGAGUAUGAUUUCGGCCGCCUCCAUGAGGUCGUCCAAGUUGUCACUCGCAACCUGAACAAGAUCAUCGACAUCAAUUACUACCCUGUUCCGGAGGCGAAAAAGAGCAACUUCCGCCACCGACCAAUUGGCCUCGGUGUCCAAGGCCUUGCAGAUGCUUUCCUCGCUCUGCGUCUUCCAUUUGACUCUCCAGAGGCUCGUCAACUCAACAUUCAGAUCUUCGAAACUAUUUACCAUGCCGCCCUCACAGCAUCAUGUGAACUAGCCCGGGAGCAAGGUACCUAUGAAACCUAUGAAGGCAGUCCUGUCUCGCAAGGCAUCCUCCAGUAUGACAUGUGGAACGUCACCCCAACGGACCUUUGGGAUUGGGACUCGUUGAAGGCCGAGAUCGCCAAGUAUGGGGUCCGCAACUCUCUCCUUGUUGCGCCCAUGCCUACUGCAUCCACUUCGCAGAUUCUGGGCAACAAUGAAUGUUUCGAGCCUUACACAUCCAACAUUUACUCCCGUCGUGUGUUGGCUGGCGAAUUCCAAGUCGUCAACCCAUGGCUUCUGAAGGAUCUGGUGGACCUCGGGCUCUGGUCCGACAACAUGAAGAACCGCAUCAUUGCAGAUGGUGGUUCGAUUCAGAACAUCCCCAACAUUCCCGCCGACAUCAAAGCUCUUUACAAGACCGUCUGGGAAAUCAGCCAACGUACUAUCCUGCAGAUGGCCGCCGAUCGCGGUGCCUUCAUUGAUCAGUCUCAAUCCCUGAACAUCCAUCUCAAGGAGCCAACAAUGGGCAAGCUUACAUCGAUGCACUUCGCAGGCUGGAAGAUGGGUUUGAAGACUGGAAUGUACUACCUACGGACCAUGGCAGCCAGCGCUCCCAUCCAAUUCACUGUCGACCAAGAACAGCUCAAGGUCACCGACACCAAUGUGGCACGUGAACGAAGCCUGCCUAAGAAACGUACCUCGCUGGGCUUUGGGCAGAGCUACACCUCGGUUCCUCGUCCAAUGUACGCCACUAAGACACCCAACUUUGUUGGGAGCAGUUCGACUACUUCUCUGAACGGCAUUCCCACACCCACAUCCACCCCUCCUCCCAGCGAAGAUAAAAACCUGGAACUUGUCAACAAGCUAGCCAAGACGCGAUUGAGUGAGGGAUCUAGCAGUGAAGAGCCCAGCCCCAAAGUCCUGCCGACGGACCCCAUCGGCACACCGAUUGUGGAGGAGAGCCUCGAGAACCGAGAGCAGGUCAAGCGUGUGCAAGAAGAAGAUGCACAGAGCGACUCGGCAGAACGUGAGGUGGAUAUCUAUUCCCAGAAGGUUUUGGCUUGUUCAAUUGAAAACGGGGAUGCCUGCGUGAUGUGCAGUGGUUAA